AUGGAGGAGAUAGCUAAGGAAGAAUAUCACCUGGCUACUCUCUCUGGAUUAAAGGAUCCAAACUCUAUUUGGAAGGAGCUCAGGAGACUCGGCCUCGUAAACACAAAUUCGUCCAAAUUUACACUUCCUUUCUCUACAAAUGAACUGAAUAAAUUCUUUUCUACUCGCUUGCCAUCGUUUUCUAUUGUGGAUGAGACUUAUGAUAUACUUGAGGAUGAAUCUUAUUAUGACGACGAUAAGCUGUAUUGGAGAAAUAUUGAUGUUCUGGAUGUGAUUAAUGCCUUGGAUAGUAACAAAUCCAAUGCUGUUGUUUCUAAGGCGCUUGAAAAUAUAGUGGUGACUCAGAUGACGGAAUUCUUGGAGAAGUCAAAUGGACUGGACCCGUUUCAAAAUGACUACAGACGAGGAUAUUCUACACAGACUGCCUUGAUCAGAGUUAUUGAUGACAUCAGAUUAGCUGCUGACAAAAGAGAGAUUACUGUCACAGUGUUCUUUGAUUUUUCGAAGGCCUUUGACUAUGGAUCUGUUCUUGGUCCUCUACAUUUUACUCUCUAUGUAUCUGAUUUUGGAAAUACUUUAAGGCAUAGCAAGUACAGCUACUACGCAGAUGACCUUCUCAUCUACCUACAUUGUACACCUGACUCUAUUCAUGAGGCUAUUCGUCGCAUUAAUGAAGAUAUCUUCUAUAUCGAGGAGUGGGCAUUGAGAAACGGACUGGCAUUAAAUUCUAAGAAGACCUCUGCAGUUAUCUUUGGAUCGGCUAGAUUUAUCAAUUGCCUUAAAUCAGGAAACUUACCUAGUGUCAUUGUGAACAACAACGCAAUUCCUUUUAUGGACUCGGUUGUAUACCUCGGUGUUACUCUUACUAGUAAACUUUUGUGGGAGAGCCAUGUUACUUAUAUUGUUUUGCGUGUAAAUAUGACACUAUACAGACUAAAAAUCAAUAAGCAAUCNAUUCCUCUGACUCUUCGCAUCAGAUUAGUCUCUGGUCUCAUCUGUCCGAUCUUUGACUACUGUUGUUCUGUUUUCUCGGAUCUAACCGCUGAACUUGACCUGCGUCUACAACGUGCCUUCAACUCUUGCAUAAGAUUUAUUUUUGAUUUAAGGAAGGAUGAACACAUUACUCCGUUUUUCAACAAACUUAUGUGGCUCAAAGUCAAAGCUAGAAGGCAUUAUUUUAUGUGUUGCUUCUUGUACAGCAUAAAACGAACUCAACGGCCACCUAUUCUAUACAGUGGAUUGACAUUUAGAAAUGAGGAAUCCUCUCGCCACACCAAGGCUUCUGAGGACAUGCUGUCUAUACCCAUCUGUAGGACUGAAAUAUUCAAACAAUCUUUUAGAUGCUAUUCUGCUGAGUUGUGGAAUAGCCUUCCGGCAGACAUACGCGCGAUAACUAGUUUAGAUAUAUUUAAGGCGAAGCUUCAUAGUCAUUUUAUGAAGAACAAUUAA